CAUAAACAAACAUGUGGGUCAAAAUAUUAUUUCUGUUUUGCGUCACAAAUAUUUUUCGGGAAGUGAGUACGGUGUAUCUGAAAGAUACAGUGUCUUCGAAAAAAUAUGUACCCUGUAAUUUAGGAUUGUUGCAUUUCGAUAAAGUUCGUGAAAAAUAUUGGAAGUGUACAGUGAAUUUUGGACUGUAUAAUAUGACAGAUGCUGUUAUUUCGAUCGUUUUUAAUAAUAAAAUCAAUGUCGACACUUAUCCGAACAACUACUUCAUGGUACAACGAACAAAUAAAUACAGUGUAGUAAUAUCUUCAAAACAACUUCUACUGGAAAAAUUCGUUUUUAACGUGUCAACAGAAAAUUGGAAGAAAAAUGUUAGUGAUGUUCCUGUUGUUAGUUGGUUAACUUUAAACAAUAUUACUUUAUGUAAUGAGAGAAUUAAGGCAGCACAAAGAGCGAUGUCACUGAACGUAACUCACAGGCAUCCGGGCAAACUGCAUGCGCAUGUCUGCGGCAGAAGGCCCAUAAACCAUGCAGAACUGGUGACAGUGAGAACUGAGGCUCAACAAGGUGACUGGCCCUGGCACGUCGCUAUCUUCCUUAAGGAUAAGCGAAAUGUGUCGAGUUAUCACUGUGGUGGUAAUGUCAUUUCUAGAACUGCGAUUUUAACUGCUGCCCACUGUGUUUCAAACAACAGUGUUGUAAGGAACGUUAGUACAAUGGUCAUAGUUGCUGGAGUCAGUAAUUUAACAAAUACCAAACAACCUGGGAGGCAAACGCCUAUUAUAAAACAAAUAGUUAUGCAUCCAGCUUACAAAAAAGGUAUUCCUACAUCCGAUUUGGCAAUUAUUAAAGUGAAUAACAUCGAUUUUACGGAUUACGUGCAACCCAUAUGCGUUUGGGGUCCUGUGUUUGAUAAAAAUAAUCUUUACAAUAAAGAAGCUACGAUGGUAGGCUUUGGUUUCACGGAAAGUAACAGGACAUCGAAAAUCUUAAGAUCAACUCAUGUUAAAGUGCAGAAUGAUUCUGUUUGCACCUCCUUCAUGAAUACCUAUAGAACAUUUUUGAAUGAUUACACUUUUUGCGCGGGAAACGGACCUAACUUAACUGUAAAUCCUCUAAACGGAGACAGCGGAGGCGGACUGGUAUUCAGUACCAUGCAACCCGACCAUAAGACAAGUUGGUUCUUAAGAGGAAUUCUGUCAAAAUGUUUUGGACCUGUUGGUACAGUUAUUUGUGAUCCUAGUUACUAUGUGGUGUAUACAGAUGUGGGACCUUAUUUUGGUUGGAUUUAUUACCACGCUGACUUAGACUUUAGUAAUAAUAUAAUGGUUUCAUAUAUGAACUAAUCAUUACCGACAAGCUAUGAGAAUCCAUUAUUGGACUAUCAUGCUCUCUACAGAAGAGGAGUUUGCUUCAUUCUCCAACUUAAAAGGACCAAAUUGACCAGAGAAUGCUGCUCAGUCCCUUUUACGUAAUUAAUUAUUGUAGUUCUCUUAUUACUGAUAAUAAAAGUUUACAGAUGAAAAGAAAUUUAUUCCUUUUUGGCCAUCAACACAUGACGUAUACAUUAAUAUCAGAACCCAAGUAUGUUCUGAAGCCACAACCAGUCAAUAAGCAAGAACCUAAUGUUAGCAGUGACCCUUGAUUCACGUUGAUCAAACUGGUUCUAGGUCCAUACCCAGCAUCGAGCUUAAUACAGUAAAAUUUAACUAAGACUAAAUCCUAAAUGAAAAAAUAAACUGAUUGAAAAGGUUGAAAUCCUAUUAAAAUCUAAAUAAAAACUAAUAAUUUAAUUUUAAUAGGCAUUUUUAGUAACGAUGUACAUGUAUGGUACUAAAUGAUAAUAAAAAAUCAAAAUUACGUAUUGAAUUAAAGAAGGAGGAACACUUUCAUCGUAAUAGCUUAUGCUACCUUCUCCAAAAAAUCAAACAUGC